GGCAUGGCACAGCAUCCAGUACAGUCAUUUGGUGUCCUAAAAAGGACUCCAGACACUUGCUGGCAGAUAGAACCAAAUGACGCCUGGACUGCAGUGUGCACAUGCCAGGCUGUGCCUGAGGGGUUCCCUGUAUAAAUAGCAACCUAUGCCGAGGACGAGGACACCGUACCAGCCAUUUUCCCUGCUCACACCUGUGCACUGUGAUAAAGAAAGUAGAAUUUGCCUGCAGCUGCGGUCCAACCAGAUAAACCUUUUAGGCGGGAAGUCAAGUGACAAGUGAACUUGUGUGGGCUUUUUUUUUUAAGUGUUACUUGUUUUGAUAUUUUAAAAAAGCUUUGAGGCUGCUUGUGGAAGUCAGAGCAAAUACCAGGAAGGUAUUGCAGCAGGAUGGACUUGGGAAAGGACCAACCUCAUACGAAGCUCCCUCAGACACCUGACCUUCAUCAAGAAAAGACCCCUGUCCCAGAAGUCAUUGGAACCUGGAGUUUGCGAAACAGAGAACAACUCAGGAAAAGAAAAGCCGAAGCACAAGAGAAGCAAACCUCACAAUGGCUACUGGGAAAACAGAAAAAACGCAAGUGGCAGAGAACAGGAAAAGGAAAUCAAAGAGGCAGAAAGAGAGAACAAAAUGCAGAACCGAAGGUGGAGCCUCUGACACAAAGAGCAAAGGAAAUGAUGGAGAAAGCACUGACAGCUACAGAGAAAGAAACUGAGCCACCUGGGAGUGUAACCGAAGCCUUUCCUUUGGUAGCCUCCUCUCAAAAGGUUGUGCCUUUGGAACAUUCUCCUGAAAUACAUCAAGACAGCGUCAUACAUCAGGAAGAUUCUUCUGAGUAUCAAGAAAUGGUGGCACAAAGCCAUUCUUCUGAAACAUGCCAACAUGUGACUGAACCUGAAGACCUCUCUCCUAAAAUAUGCCUAGAAACAGCUGUACUUCAGGACCAGUCUUCCAAAGUAUGCCAAGCUGUGGCUCAACCUGAAAUCCUCUCUCCUCAAACAUGCCAGGACAUAGCUGUAGUUCAAGAUGACCCUCCCAAAAUGUCCCAAGAUAUGGCUGAACCAGAAGUCCCGUCUUCUAAAAUCCGCCAAGAAGUAGCUGUUCCCAAAGUCCUUCCUUCUACAACAUCUGAAGACAUAGCUGACCUGGAAGGAUACUCUCCUGAUGUGACCAAACACUCUCCCAAACCAGAUGUGAUCAAACACUAUCCUCUUGACACAUAUCAAAAGCCAGCUGGACCAAGUGAACUCAUUUCUGAGCCAGAUCAAGUAAUAGCUAAGACUGAAGGCUCCUUUCCCAAGACACAAGAAAUAGUGGUGUCUAAAAAUCUUUCUACAAAAACAUACCAAGAAACAAUUGAGCCCGAAUGCUUUUCUCAUGAAACAUAUACAGAAGUUACUGUGCCUAAAGUUUCCUCUCCUAAAACAAUCCAAGAGACACCUGGGCCUGAGGACUAUUCACCUGAAACCUACAAAGAAACUCCUGAGCCUGAAGACCUCUCUACUAAGACAUAUGAGAAUAGCCAUGUGUCUAAAGAAUGGCUUCCAGAACCAAACCAAGAGGCGGGUGGACCCCAGGGCCAGGCUUCAGAAGCACACCAGGAAGACUCUAAAGAUGUUCUCCCUUUUCCUCAAGAAUUGAAAGAAAAAGCCAAAGCAGAACCAGAAAUCCCAGCAACUCCACAUGUUCCUCAAGAGAUUCAUCCAGAAAAUGAUGUCUACAGUUAUGUUUUGUUUUAGUGAUGCCCAACCAUAAAGUUGCAGUCCAACAGAAUAUACAUCUCAAUAUUUUAUGUGUGUGAUUUUCUCAAAACAUUGUAGAAAUCGCUACAAUAUUCAUUCAUAUUUUGUUUUUCUAUUUUUAGACCAUAUUUGAAACAGAGAACUAACAUUUUUUAGACUCUUAACACAUAGACGAUAUUCUGCUAAAGGGUGUGUGUGCACAAGUGUGUAUAUAUGUAUAUCUGGGAGAAGAGAGUAGAGAGAAGUGACAAAAGGAGGAGGAGGGCUGAAAAAUGGAUUUACUCUUUUUUUUUUCUUUUGCUAGUACUGGGGUUUGAACUCAGGCCUUGGGUUUAGCUAGGCAGGUGCUCUACCACUUGAGCUAUGCCCACAGCCCUUUGUUGCUUUAGUUAAUUUUUAGGUAGGGUCUCAUAUUUUCUUUGGAGCCAGUCUCAGACUGAGAUUCUCCUUCCUGGUAUAGCCUCUUGCAUAGCUGGGAUGACAGGCCAGAACCACCAAGCCCAGCUUAUUGAGAUGGGGGGUCUCACUAUGUUUUGCCCAGGCUGGCCUAGAACCUCAGUCCUCUGAUCUCACCUCCCGAGUAGCUGGGAUUGCAGAUAUAAGCCAUAUGCCUGGUUUACUUGAGUCUUAAGAAGAGAUAAGUGAUUAAAUGUGAACAUUUAGUGUUUUGGAAGUUUAUAGUUUUCUUUUAAACUUUGUCCAAUUAUUGAUGCAAUAACAUCAAAACUUUAUUCAGGUUUUUGGAGGCUCUUAUAGUUAAUUUGAACAAUUCUUUUUUAAAAAUUAUUUUUAUUAGCAUACAGUAAUGGUACAAAGUGAGGGAUUUUAUUGUAUUUCCACACAUGUAUAUGGU